UCAAGGCCAAAGCAGUGCUCUAGGCUGAAUAGACACCCGGCAUCUCUUGUCCGAAGAGCAUCGCAUCAGAGCGGCUCGAUAACGGCGUCGGCCAGCAGAGACUGCACUGGAUUGCGACUCCGAACAAGCACCCGCUCGAUACCGAGUGCCUGUGUGCUUGCGUCUGCCGAGGUUCUACCCAAGUAUGCAACGCCGCUCGGGUGCAUGUACGACGGCAAGAUGACCUUACCAGGUGUAACCUCUGAACUGCCAGAUCCGAUGCUCGAAUCGCUCGACAGCAAUCUGCCAUUCGAGCAGCACGAUACUCUACGAGCAGCAGCAAGCACCGCCAGGGACGGCAUGUCCGGAGAACCAAAGUUCCAUCUGUUCACGCCUUCAGCUUCGUCCAGACGGGAUCUUGCAGUGUCGACUUCUGGCUUCCAUCUACAAAUCCAUGGGAAACACCUCGGCGCAGACCUGUCGCCUACAUCUGCAGAAGAGCAGAUCUCCUCGGAUGACUCGCCCAGUCGCGUCUUGAGCACUGUCAGAGGCUUUCCCGCCGCUGUCGCCUGGCCGACCGCCACGCUCACCGGUAGCGCGACUGUACCUGCUCGCCAAACUCAGCCAGGCCAGAAGAACUUUGAUCUGUCUAACUGGCAGGAUGAUCUCGAGGCAAUCAGAGGAACUUCAUCCGUGCCACGUCAUCUUGCCACUCUUCGUCAGUUCAGUCAGCCAGAGACAGAGAUCCGGUCGGGCCGGGCGAUUGGACUUCCUGAGGAGCUCGAUGUUGAGAUUGGAGCUUCUGGUACUUCCCCGCUCGAAUGGCAUCACCGGCAACAGGUUCUCACUCGUCGAGAUCAGGUCAUUGCUGAUGCCUGCCAUGCGGACCCUGCCCCACCAGAAGAGGAGGAAACUCGAGCUACUCGAAGACGCUCACUGAGCCGUACGAGCUCUCGAACAGACUAUCUUCCACGUGCAGGGACGAGUCGCGCGCUUUCGGAGCUUGCAGAGUCAACCGAACCUUGCCAUCGAUCUCCGAGAUCACUGUCCGGCGUCAAGAAGUCGAGCUCCGCGCCGGGCGUCGCGACCGUUGCGCUCACUGGUUCAGCACGAUAUCAGACAAGAACGCAUCGCAAGCGGACCUCUUCAAGCUGCGCUUCGCUCGCUUCCUCGCUAUCUUCAACCUCUUUACACAAUGCGCACAACGUGCUCAGCUCGAACAGCAUAGGCAGUCUACAGAUGACCACACGAUCUCGCUCGGGCUCUGCCUCUGCAUCAGGCAAGCGACCAGCCCCACUGAACCUGCAUAGCAGCUCAAGAUCAUCGAAAUCGUUUCCCGACUUUGCCGACUUGCCUGUUGCUUCUACUUCGCAAGCUUCACUCAUGCGACAUCAGAAUGAGAGUUCGGCGACCACCAGUCAGAGCUCUUCCAUGAACUCCUUGAAACAUUCCCAGUCUAGCGCGCGAAUGUCGUCCUCAUCUUCGACAUCUGCAACAAGUGACGAGUUCCUGGGCACGCCGACUUUGUCGAACAAAGGCACAGAUUGCACCGGCAGGACAAGUGACGACCUCCUUCGCGAUGAUGAUGCCUUCUGUGGGUUCGACGAGGACCUCGAGCCAAUGCCGGGCGCUCGAAGAUCCAGUCAAGUGGCUUUCCAGGAUGACGAUGGUGAUGAUGAAGCUUUGCCGCGCGCAACAAAGCUAGCUACGGCUAUUGGGUUCUUCAAGAAUCAGCAGACGACAACCGAGAAGCAUGCGCGAGUCAAGCUGCCUCGUAUCGCGUCGCCUUUCGGACCCAGCAGCUGGCUCAAUAAUCCGAGCUUCGGUCGCUCAUCAUCGUACGGCCCACCACCUCCGCCAGAUGAGGCAGCUGCCGCUGCGGCUUAUGCAGAGCAGGAAAACGUCACGCCUAGUUCACAUACGAGUAGUCAGGCGUCGAUACUGACGGCAGACAGUAUGACGCCUACCAAAGUAUCUCCUGCUCGUGGCGACGAGAUGCAAGAUAUUUCCUUUGGCGAAUCGCAAUCGAGCGACGAGUCUGUACUUGCACAGCGUAGUGCGCACGCUGACCACCAGUCUCAUAUCGAUGCGAGCGCUGCUGCUCGAGCGUUCGAGUACUUUGACGGUGGCGCGUAUGCCUCUCCUCGACAACGCACCAAGACAUGGACGUCGACGAUGUCAGCUCACAAGCCUGAUUACAGUCUUGCUGCCCCGUCGAGUCCGAUCUCGAAUAAGAUAGAACGCGACAGUCCCUCGCCGAGCUCAGUCUUUGCCGCGCCCCAGACUCGGCAGAAAGGCAAAUCGAUCUCGCACGCUAGCACCACAGCGCGACCUUGGCUUGAGCAGGCCGCACCUCCCUCUCCUGCCCCGUCGAAAAGCGUGAUGCGCGCCUUGUCACCAGCUGCUCUCAAUCGUGGUCCAGAAGCAGCACACGCGGCAGCAGCAAACGUGCACAAGGUCAUCUCCGUCGACAAUCUGGCACUCAACAACACUCAUCGCUCUUCGCCUUUCUCGCGCCCCGGCACAACCACGACGCCGGGCGGCACAUCACACAUGGUUCAUCCGAGCGUGCAUCCUCUGCGCAACACGCAAAACAUUGCAAGCCCAAUUAAUGUCCGCAAGCGCAACGCUAACGGCCAUGUCGUCAUGUCGUCUGGGACAUCGAUACUCACCCGCGGUGGUAGUCGGCUAGCGUUCCAUUCGCCGAUGGUGGCAGCCGAGUCCUCUCCGCUGUCGAGAAAUGUCGAAGACACUGCAAUGUCGGAAGGGCGCAGUCUGCAGACUCCGAGUCGUCCAGUCUCCACGCCGAUGCGCAAGGCGUUGACGGCUUCGGGCUCGUCAUCAUCGCCAAGCAGACAUGGCUCCAUCAGUCCGCACGCGCCUUCACUCUCGCCAUCGCAGCAUGCUCAAUAUGAUGCUGCUCUGUCAACACGCUCGAGCGCUCGACAUCCAGUCAUUGCGCAGCUGUCACGAUCGAAUGGUCCUGGUGCGUUCAGUACUCCGCCAGCAUACAAGACCGUCAAACCACUUCAAGCCGCGUUUCUCUCAACAGGUCUCAUAUCCAAGCGCAGCCGUCCCAGAGUGGCCUCAAAUGUCAGUCUUGCGCCGCCCUUCGGCCUGCUUGUCGCCGGCGCAGAUGUCGCACUCAACGACGACGAGUCGUUCGAGUCAGGUGAUAUGUCCUAUCUGGCUAGCGCGCAUCCUGGCGUCCUUCAGCGCGGGCCGGUCAUGCCAGACACGCCUGCUAAGAAAGUGCCAUUCACUGCCGAGCCUACGGUCGAAGCUUGUCCUGCAAGUGAUUGCAGCGCAAGCUCGUCUGUGCCCGAAGACCGCAUGCUGCUGAGCGCCUACGAAUUUCCAAAUCGGCCUGGCUCGCGUCCCCAUCAAACACGGGCGAGCAGUCCGCUAGGCAGCACGGCCUCGUCCGAGUCUGGCAGUAGCUUCAUGAACAGCGAUGCGGCAUCGAAAAGUCCAAGCGUCAGGCAUGCGGCACGGGCAGCACGACCACCAAUGUUUCGUCGUCGCAGUUCAGGUCAAAUCUCGAUUGGCCCAGAUGGGAGCUUCACUGGACUCGAUAGAAGCGGUGGUAGCCAGCGUUCCUUGAUGCAUCUGCGCGACAAGGAUCCAAUGACGCCCACUCGCGCUCAUGCGCACGCUCAAGCGAAUCACUCGCUCAUGGCAGAAGCAACGCGGGCUGGUCCGGUAACGCCCAUGCUCUCGGAAUUUCCGGCUUGGUCGCUCACGGGCAACAACGAGCCGCCAGCCCCCUCGCCAGCUCUGCAUGCCAAGCCACCAGCGCCAGUGCGCAGACCGGCCUACAUCACGCGACAUACUAGCUCAGUGCUGAUAAGUCGCCGUCAGCAAGAAUUGCAAUCUCCCUCUCGCUUCGAAACAUGCUUUGUCAUUCAGCGCUCGAUCGGAUGCGGCGAAUUCAGCGAAGCAUUCGAAGUACAGGACCGAUCGACAGGUCAAGUAUCUGCAGUCAAGAGGACAAAGCAUGCCUUUGGUGGGCCAAAGGAUCGAUUGCGUAGGCUGGAAGAAGUUGACAUUCUGCGCCAUUUGUCGAACGAGUCGGACCCUUCUCGUCACGUCAUCAAUCUCAUCGAUGCAUGGGAACAGUCUGGUCAUCUCUAUAUUCAAACCGAACUCUGUCAGUAUGGCAAUCUAGCCUUCUUCCUCGAAGAGUACGGCAGACUGCACGAAGUUCUCGACGAGGGCCGAGUAUGGAAGAUCUUGACUGAGAUUGCGCAAGGUUUGGCGCAAGUAAAUGCUGCCGGUGUACUUCAUCUCGAUCUCAAACCAGCCAAUGUCUUUGUGACCGAUAGCGGCACGCUCAAGAUUGGCGAUUUCGGGCUGGCAACACGUUGGCCUCGGACUACUCCAUAUUCGAUCAUUCGCGGCGCCGCAGUCGCCUCGCCCGGAUGGGAUGCGGACAGCGUAUCUUUCUCUGCCGGCAUCGAAGCAGACGCGAUGAGGACUCGAUCGCAGACGACGUCAACGACGGUGCUACAAGACUUCGAACGCGAAGGCGAUCGAGAAUACAUCGCGCCUGAGGUCAUGUCGGGCGAAUAUGGCUUUGCAGCGGAUGUUUUUAGUCUCGGUCUCAUCGUGCUAGAGGCAGCCGUCAAUGUAGUCAUGCCAGAAAAUGGUCCAACUUGGCACAAGCUCCGCUCAGACGAUCUUUCAGAUGUCGACUUUAGUAAGACUAGCAGCGAGCUCUCCAGUCUGCUGCGCAGCCUCCUCGCAUCGAAGCCGUGUGUUCGCAUCAGUUGCGAAGCCAUACUCUCGCAUCCAGGGGUAGCGCGAGCAAGAGCUUAUGUUGGCCCCGAAGGUCGCGCAGCUCAAGGCGCGAUUUUGCCCGAAGAUGAAAAUUUCCUGGCAGCCAUCCUAGCACGCAAUCACGACAAUGACGAUGACAUGGAUCUGGAUCUGUAGCACAUAUAAUAGGCAAAGGGCUGUUGUUUCGCGGAAGUAGAGAUUGCAAUGAGUGAUACAGGGAUGCCUUUUGCGGCAUAUCGCAGUACCUCUCUUGAUCAGAGUUUGCAGUCUCGUCUGUCUGUAUCUGGGUCAUGAUAGACCUCCGCAGAUCAGGCAAGGAGCAUC